AUGAAUAAAAAAGUUUUUAUAUUGUUUGUGCUGUUGACACUGGCUGAAUGCGUUCGAUUAACUUCGCGCCAAAAUAUCAAAUCUCGCGCCAGAGAACCGAGGACUCGAAUUUACCGCCCCCGGGGCGCGGUCGUAGAGGACCUUUUCAACGUGUAUGAUCCCUCGUUUUUGGCGAUAGUGUGGCCCAAGAUAUCGAACGGAGUGCAUUUGUUUGUGGAGUCGACGUGCUGGAGGGACCUCAGCGUGUUCUUCAGGGACCUCUCCGCCGGGCGAGCUUGGACUUACAGUGCCGUGGAUGCCUCGGGUCGGUACCAGUCAGGGCUGUUCAGAGGAAACACGUUGUGGCUCGGUUCCAGGGAUGAAUGCCUUCAUCUGGACAAUAGGUUUACGUCAGGAGAAGGUAAUGAAAGUUACAAUGAGUUCCAUAACAGCGACUAUCUCAACGCAGUGUUGAAAAAAGAAAAGUAUUUUGAUGGCGAAACAUGGCGUUCUCUGGUGCAAAAAGACGAGCUAUGGCGCCGUUUGGUGUUGGCAGACAACUCGCCUCCAUACCGGCUGGCGUAUACCGCCGUGCAGCUCUCCCUCAAUCUCACCAGGAUCACCAUGGCUGAAGCGUACUCCAUAACAUUAGGUGUAUGUCUACCUCAAAGCUGCUCACCAGAGGACAUCGCCUCCGUCAUCAACUUCUCCAUAAUGAUAAAUGAUAACUUGAAAUCCAACAAAACUAUGCCUCGUAUAGUUAGGAUAACUUCCUUGAGACAAAUCGAAGAAUACUACAGUAUUAAUAAAGAUAUAGGAGCUAUUUUGUUAAUAUGCGUCACCGCAUUACUGUUUGCUAUAGCUGUCACAGCCACUGCAGUGGAUUUGAAACUAGUGAAAUGUAGUGCUCGUAAUCAUAAAUCAAUGAGUUUCGAUUUAGAAAAAUUCAAUAAUAGAAACUUGGAUUCUGAGCAUGGUAACCUAAACGAUGAAAAAAAGAAACAUAAUUGCGAUAUUAUAGCAAAAAAAGACACAAAUGUGGUUGAUAUGGAAACGUUGACAAUAAAUAAUAUAAAUAAUUCGAGUAAUAUAAAUUUAGUGACUGUGAAGAAGGUGACCAAACCGAACGUUAUGCCUCCGUCGAUUACGCUUGACGUAGUGUCCAUGGAGAGAGUUACAGGCAGUUGCAAGCGAUGUGGCAAAUACAAGAAGCAAUGCAACUCUAACAACCCGAGGCUGUCGGACAAUCUGCCCGCAUGCCCUCGCGUCAAAUCGUUCGCGAGCCUCACCACAGAACCGAAGAGGAAAGACAAGUUCUUCAAAAGUUUAUUGUUAUGUUUCUCUUUGAGCUACAGUUGGAGAAGAAUCUUCAAUGUGAACAUGGCAAACAAAGAUUUGUCCAUUAUACACGUUUUGAAGAUAGUAGCAACAUUUUGGAUUAUAUUUAUGCACGUUGCUAUGAUUGCUAAUUACGUUUCUGAAAAUGGCGGAGAUAUCAACGACCACAACAAUUUGUAUUAUAUCAUUGCAACAGGUACCUUAGCUUUCGACACAUUAUUUUUCGUCAGUGGUCUUUUCAGCUCUCAUCACUUCUUCUUCCUGAAAAGUCAGUACACGGUGGAGGAGUUAGUCAGCUUCGGAGGCAGCUGCGGGCAGGUACUGCAGUUUAUCUGCUUCGUUACCAACAGAGCCAUCAGGUUGCUCCCGUCAUAUGUGUACGUGAUAUUCCUGUCGGGGGUGGCGGCACGCGUCACACGGCGCACCUCCCCGCUGUCGCUACCGGAGGCCGAGCAUGCGACGUGUGACAACUACUGGUGGAGGAACGUGCUAUAUAUCUCCACGCUGUUCCUUCACGAGGAUCAGUGCAUGCAGAUGUCCUGGUACAUGUCAGUGGAGACUCAACUCCACGUCUUCGGAGCUUUAGCCUGCGCACUGUCGUCCACGGGCCGUAGGCUGGUUCUCGCCAUCGCAGUCGCAGCUAUCAUCGUGUCCACCGCGGCUGACGUCAGCGCCGCCUACACUGAGUUUGACCACCAGUUCUCGAGCGUGUACGCAUUGUACGCGGUGUGGAUCGAGCGUCCGCUGGCGCGCGUGGCGCCAUACUUCGUGGGCAUGUUCGUCGGGUGGCUGGUGAUACGGCUGGAGGGCAGGAUGCACCUCUCUAAGCUUCGAGUAUCUGUCCUGUGGCUGGUGACGCUGCUGGCUCUCGUGUCGUCGCUGUGCACGGCGUGGGUGUUCCGCGAGUGGGUGUCGUCGUGGCUGCACGUGUUGUGGCCGCUGGCUCUGCUCUGGCCCGCCAUAGUCUCCGCUACCACAGCCGCAGAGCUGACGCGCGGCAUUCUGUCGAGCCCGUGCGUGGCGGCGCUGUCGCGGCUCAGCUACAGCAUGCUGCUGCUGCACGGGCCGGUGGCGCGACUCCUCAUGCUGUGUGCUCAGGUCGCGCUCUGCUCGCAUACUGUUUGUAUUUGGUGGUACUUCGCGGGUACAACACUGGUGACUAUGUGUGGUGCGCUGCUGCUCUCCCUGUUAGUGGAGACGCCGUGCUGCAGCCUGCUCAGACGACUUUCCGACUACGCCAGUUGA